AACCUUUAUUUUGACUGUCAGAGCGAAGACGGACCAAAUAAAGUGUCGCACUGCAUGAUGGCACUGCUCACGGACACCAGGUUUCUACUAAGAAAAGUGAAAGAUUUAAGGUGUUUAACGCCAAGAAGAAAUCGAGUAAAAGAAAAAUGGGCUGCCACACGUGCCAGGCACCCUCCCACCAGUCUGGCCCUGCAGAACUUCGAUGCCACCUAUGGCGUCCAGCUGGGGCAGCUGUGGCCAUCGGUUCGAGUUGCCUUGUUGUCAGAGAGGAAAUAUGGAGCCCUGUUCAAUAAUUUCUCCCAAGAAACUGUUCUGGCAGACUUGGAAGCCUUGGGAUGCAGAGAUUUCAUCAGCGACACAGGCAGAGAAGCUCAGCCAUCUGACAUUGCAGCUGAGGAGGAAUCCAGAUGUGGUUCUAUGAACAAAUCUGACACUGAUGGUCAGCAACUGUCUCCUGUUCAGCUUAACCCUCACAUUAGGUGCUUAGUGUUUCCAAGAGGUGAUAUCACAAGAUUUAAGCCUGCUAGGCCAGACAUGUAUGGGUUGCUGGGUUACUACCUCAUGGAUGCAGCAUCUGUGUUGCCUUGUCUCGCUCUGAAUGUUCAAGAAGAUCACAGUGUGCUCGACCUUUGUGCAGCUCCAGGAGGGAAGACCUUGACUAUACUUCAGACCCAGUCUUUAGGUUUUUUGUGUGCGAAUGACACCUCAGUGUCUCGGUCAUCGAGACUGAGAAAGGUCCUCCAUAGCUAUGUUCCUAAACAGUUAUUGACAAAUGAGAAAGUACGCAUCACCUCCUUUGAUGGCACCAAGUGGGGGGAAGUCGAGAGCAACAGUUUUGACAGAGUCCUUGUUGAUGUUCCAUGCACCACAGACAGACAUUCACUCAUGGAGGAUGACAACAAUAUAUUCAGUAAGAGCAGGACCAGUGAGAGACGACGUCUGCCACAGCUACAGACGGAGCUGCUGCUGGCAGGAAUCGAAGCAGCUUGUCCAGGGGGUGAAAUCGUUUACUCUACCUGCACGCUCUCUCAAAUCCAGAACCAGAGUGUGGUGGAACAGGCCAUCUUCUUGGCUCGAGAGAACCGCGGCAUUCACCUUCAGGUUGUUGACCUGCGACCCUUCACACGCAUGUUUAGGAAAACCUUUCACUUCGCUCCCGACCUCCACCUGGGUGAGAUGGUCAUCCCACACUUAGCUGCUAACUUUGGCCCCAUCUACAUGUGCAAGCUUAAGAGACUUACGUAGUUUGUGGACUGGCGGACAGCUUUGCCUGAAAGCUUGUGCACAUUUGACUGAACUGUGUCGCUGUUUUAUGGACUCUUGAGGUGAUCCUCUACACUCUUCAGCUUCAGACUGAUCCAUCCAUCCGUUUUCGAUACCGCUUAUCUGUUCAGGGUCAUGGGGGAGCUGGAGCCUAUCCCAGUUGGCAACAGGCAAGAGGGCGAAAAGCCAAAAUACCCAGGAUAUGAGCACUGCCAUCUCAGAGUCUGCACAGUAGUAUUUUGGCACUGGAGCCUUGGUGUCAAACUCCCACCCAUACAGUGACUUGACCCAAUGACGGGCAAAGCUCAGCUGUCAAUCACGGUGUUUCACCCAUUUUUUUAUAGCGUCAAAUAAUUUACUAAACUUAAACUUAACUCAACUUAAAAAUGAACACUUUAAUAUACAUCAGUGUGAUAAGAACUACCUAAAAUGACAGACACCUCUACUAACAUGGAGGGAGUGCGCUUUAUGGCUUGUAUUGGCCGCUGAAGCACUGGACUAUAACUGGUUAAAUGUGACAGAAAAUGGAGCAUGACAUUAUAACUGUUGAUAGCACUCACUGAGGGGUUUUUUCUAGACUCUAGUAAACCAAUAGAGUGCCAAAUUAAAUUUCUUGAUUUUUAGAGUCCACAUUAAAAUGAUUGAGACAGAGUAGAUGUGUUUAAGACAAAAUUGGCUUUGCAACAUGUCUUUUGAUGUAGUUUAUUUUUGCCCUGUAGGUGGCAACAGUAGCUCAAGAUUAAAGUGUCCUGUUUAUUAUGUGCCCACUAGAGGACACCAAGGCUAUGUCAGUGAAGGAUCUCCAAUAUGUCUGUCCUCCUGCAAUGUGUCAGAUGCAUAGAGAUGAAUAUUUAAGGUUGGGGAAUCACAUUACUGAAACACAGAUUUCCAUCAGAAUUACUUGCCCUCUUCAGCUCUCCAGUGAAAAUGGGUUGGUUCUGUGGUUAUUCAUCAGAUAUGAUGGCUUUGCCUAAUAACGCGAUAUGUGGGUAUGUGGAAGGAGGACAUAAUGAACAGGCAGGUAAUGACUUAUUUGACCAUUUUCCUUCUCACAUCUGAAUCUGUGCAACUUUCAUUAUUAUAGCUGGGAUUGUUUUGCAUUGGCAUCGCUCCGACGUGAAAUGUUUCCUCUUAUCACAAGAUAAUAUGAGUGGAGAGGUGCUUCUUUUUCCAUCACACUGCCGAUGACCCUUUAUGCUGUCCUGGUCAGUCAAUGUAGCGUGAAAAAGGUGUGUCUGUCUGUCCGUCCGUCUGUUUGUCUAACGAGUCCACCAUCUACAUCCCACUGUCAUUAAGCUGCUCUAACUGCAGGAGCUGACUUCCAUCCCUGUGCAGGGAUGGACGGCAGCCAUGCGGCUCCCAAAUGAACAUUAAAGAGACAGCAGAGAGCUAAAAUGGGACGUCUCGCCCUGUUUUGCCCCUCCGCUUUUUUAUUCCACAGAUGAGUGCAGAUAAUUUUCUGUGCGAUUGUGAGUGAUUACUGUAUUACUGCGGUAAAAGGGGGAUGUAUCUGGGAAUGCAGAGGGAAUUAAUGACACAUAAAAACUAUUUUUGUAUUGAC